CCUAUUCUUUUUUUUCUCCUUCUAUUUCUUUCUCAAAUUUUCUUCUCCUUCUAUUUUCUUUCUCAAAUUUGUUCAAACGGUAUUCUCAAUUUCAAUUCUCCAUUUCAUCUCACAAAUCUCAAAUUAGGGUUUUUCUCGUGACUUACAAGACUUUUCCCCCAUUCUUGCAAUUUAACCUCUGCGUCAAUUAGGGUUUCUGCAUCAUUUUCUGCGUAAAUUGGGCCUAGCGGUGUUGAAAGUCCAACUAGCUAAUCGGUACUCGAUAUGUCCACUGACGAUAGGAUCUUACAUUCAUCGAUCGGUUUGCGUAAUACGAGAGCGAAAAUGGAGAAGAGGAUCACCCUACUUCAGACCGUUGCCACCGCCGGUGUUUUCUCCGCCGUUUCCUUCUGGUAUGGAUUCAUGUUUGGCCGAGAAUCCUCUCGCAAAGAGCUCUCUCAGUUAAUUGAAGAUCUCCGUCGUGGAAAUCCAACUUCUCCUCCUCCUCCUCAUUCUUGAAGGUAUUUAUCUAUUGUUAAAGAAGAAGGACUAGAGAUAUCACAGCCUGCACUGGAUCGUGAUAAAUCAGAAAUUCAUCAUCCACUGACAGCACAUAUAGCAGGAUCAAAAGUGCACAGGUUAUUACAUUGUUCCUUGGACACACUCACACAGACAUAAGAAGCAUCUCUGUAAAGUGUGCAAGUGUUGAAGAACAUAAGGUAUUAUAAGUUAAAAGGUAGUGGAAGGUGUGAUGACAGUAGCACUGCUCCUCCUUGCUUAGGACAUUGUUUUGCAGGUGGGUGGAAAUGAUGGCACCAGUGUUUUCUAAAAAAUCUUGGCAUUGUGUGUGGCAUAUGAUCCAGGCCAUGCCAUCUCCCACGACUGGGAGCUUCAUGAUGCUCUGACUAAUGAAGGAUCAAUGCUCAAUUCUGUCACACUUGAGCAAAGGAAUAGGGAUGUGCCUACUGCCUCUGAUAUUGCUUGCCCUUUCAAAUUCAAGAUUCAAGCCAAUUUGGAUCCUAAUUCUUUUCCUUCUGUUUUAUGUUCUCCUGCCUGGGAUCUAUUCUAGACUAAUAAUUUAAUAAAUAAUAAUAGGUUUUAGUGACAGACAAUACUGUAGGAAUAGACUAAAUUUUGAUUUAUAUUUUCCUAGGGUUUAGUGACAGUCAUUAUUGUAGGUAGAAAUAAAAAAACAUAUUGUGACA